UUUCUCCUUCCUUCACCCUUCACCUAACUCAGCAGUGAAAUGGACUCGUGAUGUUUCAGAAAGAGGAUCCUAGAUGACAAAGGACAGAAUAAAAGGAAGUGUUCUUCACUUGCAGUCUAGUCCCAGGAGGCUGGGAGUCUCUUGGGGAAAGGAGGACAGACCUGCACUUCUGGGAGAAUGGGAGAAGUUGGGUGGAUAGUGCUGUUUGUGAUGACUUUCAUCAGCUGCAAUGCCUUCCUGGAUCUGUCUAGUGUCCACCAGGUCACGGGCACAUGGAUGGGAUCCACCACUGUACCGUGUACCUAUGUGCCUUCAGAAGAUUUCACACAGCAAACGCUCAGCUGGAGCCUGGAGCGGGACUCCAGCACCUCUACCAUCUUCCGGAGGGACGACUCUGGUGACCACAUCUUGCUGUCCAAAUUCCGAGGCCGAGUCAGCGUCCCAAAGCACAGCCCAGGGGAUGCCUCACUCCGCAUUCAGAACCUUGAAAUACCUGACAGUGGACACUACAGUUGUCAAAUCAUCUGGAGAUCUAGAGAUAACAGCUUGAUAACAAGAGAGGUGACCACUAUAGUUAAAGUUGUCAAAGGGUACGCCUUGCAGAGGAAUGUGGGAACCACGGGGGGACACCACUCAACCACAGGUCAGGAAGACAGUAGUGACGUGGAGCACGCAGUGACAGAUCCAGUUCCAACGACACGGGUCUCCAGGAUGGAUGCUGCUCCAGUGGGGCCUUUCACAGGCACAGGUUCCCCGCGGCUCGCAGCAUCCCUUCUGCUCUACGGGCUGCCGGCCGCGCUGGGCGGCGCCGCGCUGGGCGCGCUGCUGGCGGCGGGGCUGGGCUGCUGGCGGCGGCGGCGGAGGAAGGACGAACCUCUCUAUGAAGUUGCUUUCCGCCGCACUGCAGAUAUCGCCCUGCUGCACCCUGAGGUGGAAGUCCCUGCUAAGUGCCUACAGGAGGAAACGUGCUCCAGCACUGAAAAGACCACCAUGAAAGACAGGAAAAGCCCUGAGUAUGAGAACCUUGUGACUGCAAUGGAAUCUCAAUAUGAAACAGAAGGAAUUUAGUAGAGUACCAGCUCUUCCACAUGAGCAGCCAUGCAGGGCUGCAGGUACUGAAUAGUGAACUCAGCAAAGGGAAACUCUUCCUCCUGUUGUCCCUCUGUUCUGCUCUCACUGCUUGCUUUAACCCAGAGGAACUGCAUAACCUUUUGGUCUUUGGCAGACCAGGCCCCGCCUGCGGGAGCAAAAACCCCCUGCCAACUGUGUGUCUACCCACGUCUAUAGAGCAAGUUGUUUCUGAGCAACCUGAAGGACCCAGGGCAGGAAGAGAGGAUCUGAAGGAGUGACAACAUGAAAUUAUUUAGCCUGUAAAUCCAGGAGUAGUUGGUGCAAUGCUGGCAGUCAGUAACACUAGCAAGGGAUACUCUCCAAUGUGUGUUCCUGUUAAGACAUCCCAGGCUGCAAGGAACCAGGAUUGUGCUGGAAAUGGAGAUCCUAUGGCUUUUCCAGUUCAGCAAAUACUGGUUGUACAUCCUGCCUGUGCUUGAGUCUUUCUUCUUUUUUUUUUUGUUACAGCAUUGUAAAGGGACAACAGAGGGGAGAUUGGUGUUCCAGGAAUUUUUGCUAUCAGACUGGAGCUCAGUGCUCAGAGAGAGAGGGAAUGAGUCUCUGAACUGUCACCCACUGGUUUUCUUCUGGAAAACAAGAACAGAUGUUGAAGGAAAUGCUGGCAUUUAAUUUUUACAGUUUGGGGGCCAGAGGCAUGAUAAAAUAGAGGGAAAUUUGAGGCAUUUGGAUAAUGAUUAAGGGACCUCUCUGAAUACAACAGGCUGACACCAAUUUACUCUGGGGGAUGUAAGUCAAUCUGUGUGAUUACUAAUGCUGACCUAUUGUACAACAUGGAUGCAAUUCCUGCCUUCAGCUGCAGUGCAUUCCCUACAGUACACUGUCACUCAGCAGCCUGAUUUGCCUUGUCAUUGUUAAUUGUUUGCAUCUUGCCUGCACUGCAGUGCUGCUGUCCGUUCUGUCCUCUGUCUGUACCUCCAGCCAGCCGCCCUUUGUCCUCCAGGGACUUGGCAGGGAGGAGGAAUGCCUCCUGGCUUUAGCAAACCAAAUUUGUAAGAAUUACUGGCUUUUUUAUAUCAGUGGGUGCAGCAAGGAAAGCAUGGGGAAACUGCUGAGCUCAAGUCACACACACCCUCCUGCAUGGCCCUGACUUCGCCCACAAGGCUCAUCUCUGCUGCCAUGUAUCAUCUCUUUUUGAGUCAGCAGGGUCAUUUUGCUGUUUGUGGCCUAAGUGCUGUGUAGAGCCACACUUUUACCUUUACAGCUCUGAAUUGCAGGAUGUGAGGUGGGAAAGAUCAGAGAAAAAAAAAUCUCCUGCCUAUAUUGUGAGGGCUUCACAAGCACAGUGACAGCCAUGCAGGGAUGGCUGUGCUGGCUGUCAGAUUGUGCUCCAGGGAGGCAAAGUCUGGAUCCAGUCUGUCCCUGUGGGACCCAUGACAGCCAGUCCUGAAGACCCCAUUCUGCAGAAGCUGCUGGCAUCAGCAGUUCCAGGGGUGGUGCAGAACAAAGGAGUUGAGGGGAAUGGAGAGCUGCAGCCAUGCUCACACAGGGCAGUAGCAUAUCAUGCAAGGUCAAUGCUGGGUGGGAAGGGAACUGAAAAUUUCUCAGCUUCCCCAUCCUUACCUCAGCAAACCUAGGCCCAAAACAUGUGACAUGGCACUCUCCUUCCCCCCACCCCCAAAAUAAUACUCAUUCAUUUUCAAUUAGCUUGGUAUUUUGUGCAAAUUUUCCUCCUGUUAAAAGCUCUGAGCUCUAGGUUCACUCAUUGACUAUGUAACACCAUGGUUUUUCCAUCUUGUGAUUCCUCCCAGCACUGAUCUGCUCUGACAAGGUCUGGACACCUUCCUCAGAAGACAUGAAGCCUGGGAGAAGCUACAGAGGAAGAAGGCAACAGGAGUUAAGAAAGGGGGAGCAGAUGGACCAGCCCCCAUGUACUCCAUGUUGUCACUCCUCUAGUUAGGGCAGCAACAGGACUUUGGUCACAAGUAGCAGAAGAGUGCAAACAUUAGAAGCCUGUCUCCAGUGCUAAGGUGUUUUUCCCUGGAUAACAAGUGUGUUAUUAUUUCUUGAUUUUACUUUUAGCAUGUUUUUCAUGUUUCUAGUAAAACCUGUUGACAACAGAACAUUCUUCUUCUGAAACCAGAAAACUUCUCCUUUCCUUGCACUGUGCUCUUCUGCUGAGCUCUG